GCGGGAGGCGGGGCCGCGGGUCAGGGCUCAGGGAGCAGCUGAAGAUGGCAGAGACCCAGAGGUUCAGUCUGACUGAGGUGUUGGACUCCUUCCGGACCUGUCUGACUGACCAGGGGGACAUCCUGCUGGAGCACUACCUCAAUGGCUGGAAGGGCUUAAUCAAGUUCAUGAACAGUCUGGGGUCCGUCUUUUCCUUCAUAUCGAAGGACGCGGUUGGCAAAAUCCAGAUCAUGGAAAACUACAGGAUUGGGGAGUUCAGUCAGCAAUACUUGACCCUGCAGUCGAUGGUCAAGUACGAGAUGGAGAACAAGCUGGUGGAUUUGGUGCAGCGGAGUGAGAACUGGGACUCGGGCUGUCGGACAAUACUCCGGCUGCACCGCGUGCUGCGGUGGCUGCAACUCUUCUUGGAAAAGCUGCAGAUAGCUUCGGAAGAUAGCAAAACCUCGGUGCUCUGCACUGAGGCCUACAAUGACUCGCUGGCUUGUCACCACACCUGGAUUGUGCGUAAAGCUGCCACAGUAGCCUUCUAUGCGCUCCCAACGCGAGUCGCCUUCUUUGAAGCUAUGAAUAUGGGAACAACGGAAGAGGCGGUGGCUAAACUGGGAGUAGCUCUGCCCUUUCUUUCAAAGGUCUUUGACAUCACCGAAGAGUUGUACAAGCAACACAACUUACUUGAUCUUCCUUAACCUCUUGAGCUUCUCAAACGCAAAAUAUGUUAUUGGUAGGAAUGAUCAAUCUGACCAAUAAUGACUAAUCUUUAAAUUGCAAGCCCGCUGCCAAUUAUUCCGCUUUCGGGUGUUUGCUUUCCACAAUGUUAAAAUCAAUUGACGCAAAUCAUGUGGACAUUUUUAAAUUAGUUUUUAGACCAGCAUUACCUCAAAACAACAACAUGGGAACAUAGGGAAUACAGGAACAGGAGUAGGCUCUUCAGCCUUCAAGUUUGAUCUGCCAUUUGAUUAAACCAUGGCUUGUCUUGCAUUUUACAGCGCUAUUGAUUUGCAGAAAGCCUCACAAAGAGCUUUGCAGAAUGAGAUUAAUUAGAAACGCAGGUGAAUAUUAUAAAGCUGAACCUGUUAGGUAAUCUGCUUCAACGUAAUAUCACAAACAAUUAGACCAGUAGGCAAUCUGAAUUUGGAUGAGGAGGGAGUAUAAAACAAGAUAUCAGUGGGCAUCUGGAAUGAGAGGGAAAGGGUGGCUUUAAUCGGCAAUUAAAUCACAACACGUUUGGGGUUCAAAUGAAUCAUUCGAUUUUAACAAUAAAAGAAAAUGAUGUAGAAAUAUCUUUUAUUAAAAUUUGAAUGUUAUUUGAUUAAGCUAAAAAUGACACUGCUCCUCACAGUUUACUAGAAUAAUAAUGAUGAUGAUUAUUAUUGAUUAUUUACUCAAAAAAUAAUCUCUUCAUUUAAUAUAACCCUAAAUUUUAAGACAAAACAGGUUUUUUUUAAAAAAAGCAAGACUAGGUGAAAUUUUGACCAUCCCUGAUUUAGGGGAUUUUAGGUCAAGGCAGACCUCGGUUGGGACUUUUGAGGCAGAUUUAUGUCACAGGACAAUUCUCUUAGAAAUUCUGCCCACAAAGUCCACUUGGCAGAUGGCAGCAGAUGUGACAACAAGAAUGUUUAAUUUUAAUGCGGCGCCGGGAUCCGUUACUGUAAAGCGCUCCGAGAUGCCGUCCGGCGUGGAAGGCGCUAUAUAAAUCCAAGUUGUUGUUGUAUUUUUAUCUCUCAUCGACAGUAUGGAUGAUGGUGUGUUUUUUUUUCAAACAGAGUCCCGUUACCAUUCCUUUCUUGAACGUUUUAUUCUGUAGUCUAUGACCAAGACCGUAUCUGUUGAGUCGCUUGUCUGAGUGUCACUGAAAACAUUCCAAUUCAUUGCGAGGAAUUGAUCUUUUCGGAUUUAUUUCUCCCGUUUGAUAACAUAGGAUGAAAAUGUGAUGUGACGAUUGUAAUUUCCUUUUUGAUGAUUGUUUGCUGCAAGAGAGCAUUAAAUUACCCCUUUAACCGUU